CAGCUUCCGGCACUUCGAGUCGGAGCUUCAUCUUCUACUCCGACGGCGACGCGUCGUCUGAAUCCCGCGUUCUAUUCACAGAGGAUGGUAUUACUGCAGCCGCGAUUCCACUGUGAUUUUUAAUUUUAUAAGCGGAAGGCGCAUGGUCGCCUCCUUUCAUUACUGAAUUGUUGCGUUACUCCGAAUCAUUUGCCUUUUUCAGACGGAAGAAGCCUUUGCACCAGCCCAACUAAUUGGCUCUGAUCUCGAGCUUUGCUUGCUGUGGUUCAACAUGGAGGGCAAUUUUACGGAGGACAAUAUCAGAGAGCUGAGAUUCCGGCUCGAGGAAGCCACUAUUAAAUGCUCUGAGCGUUGUCUCUAUCAAUCAGCAAAAUGGGCCGCGGAAAUGCUUAAUUCCCUUAUACCGCUCGACGAUAAUGAUACCGAUCCUGAUUCCCCUAUGGAUAUUGCCGAUCCACCGUCUAUCCCUCAAAACCCUUACCUUCGAGUUCAGGACCCUCUCGAAGCUGCACUAGAAGCACAAGAAGCUCACAAAUACCUACUAGCAAAGUCGUUCUUUGAUACACGGGAAUAUGACCGAUGCGCUGCAGUUUUUCUUCCGCCAAUGAUAACUCCUAUCCCUCAUCUAGGCACAUCGAACACCCCUUCGAAGACAAGACAGUCGUUGACACCGCAUAAAGGCAAAGCGAAGGAGUCGCCUGUCAAAAGCAGUUCUGGCACGAGGAAUCCUUAUCCGAGGCUCAGCCAGAAGUCUUUGUUUCUUGCGUUAUAUGCCAAAUACCUAGCAGGGGAGAAGCGAAAAGAUGAGGAGACUGAGAUGGUGCUGGGUCCUGCAGACGGUGGAAUGACAGUCAACCGCGAACUUCCAGACUUGGCACGAGGCCUUGAAGGCUGGUUAACCGAAAGACGUGAAAAGGGUCUAGAGGAUCGUGGCCAGGGCUGGCUGGAGUAUCUCUACGGAGUUAUAUUACUUAAAGGACGUAACGAGGAAGAAGCGAAGAAGUGGCUUAUACGAAGUGUUCAUCUCAACCCAUUCCACUGGGGCGCAUGGCAGGAGUUGAACGACUUACUGGGUAGCACUGAAGAUUUGAAACAAGUACUGGAUCUUCUUCCCCAGAACAUCAUGACUCUCAUCUUUCACGUUCAUUGCAGUCAAGAGCUAUAUCAAGCUACUGAAGACACUUAUCAAGCGCUGUCAGAGCUUGAGACUAUAUUUCCAGAUAGUGCAUUUCUCAAGACGCAGAGGGCGCUUCUUUACUAUCACUCCAAGGAUUUUGAUGAAGCAUCACACAUAUUUACUGAAAUCUUAGUCAGCUCUCCUCAUCGUCUGGACGGUCUUGACCAUUAUUCGAAUAUUCUCUAUGUUGUGGGCGCACGCCCCCAGCUAGCCUUCAUAGCCCAGGUUGCAACUGCCACAGACAAGUUCCGCCCAGAAACCUGUUGCGUUGUCGGAAAUUACUACUCCUUAAAAUCUGAACAUGAAAAAGCGGUGAUGUACUUCCGACGAGCCUUGACAUUGGAUCGCAAUUUCCUAUCUGCCUGGACCUUGAUGGGCCACGAGUAUAUCGAAAUGAAGAAUACACAUGCGGCAAUCGAAUCGUAUCGUCGUGCCGUGGACGUCAACCGGAAAGACUAUCGCGCAUGGUAUGGUCUAGGCCAGGCUUAUGAGGUUCUGGACAUGUCCUUCUACUCCCUCUUCUAUUACCAACGGGCAGCCGCUCUGCGACCAUACGAUCCCAAGAUGUGGCAGGCAGUGGGAUCCUGCUACACUAAAAUGGGCCGCCUCGAGGAGAGCAUUAAAGCCCUCAAGCGUGCCCUUGUGGCAGGUUCCUAUUAUGCCGAAGACACAUCUCACGUUGGAUCACCGGCCCGCAAGAUCCUUGACCCCGAAACCCUUCACCAGAUCGCAACACUCUACGAACGACUAGGCGAUGAAGAGGAAACAGCCGCUUACAUGGAACUUAUUCUUCAGCAAGAAACUGGUCAAGUAUCCCGCGACGAUGAAGAUAUCUCUUCCGAUAACGAAAACGAUGACGAUCACGAUGGGUCAGAGAGUGGAAUCACACGUGCUGACAGAAGUGGUUUGCAUUCAUCUUAUAAUGACGAGGACGGGGAUAUGUCUCAAGGGACGGGCGUAACUGCGACAACAUCGAAAGCACGCUUGUGGCUUGCCCGAUGGUCAUUGCUAAAUGAGGAUUUAGAUCGCGCGGAUCAGUUAGCUGGUGAACUUUGUCAGGAUGGAGUGGAGGUUGAAGAGGCGAAGGCAUUGAUGAGAGAUGUCCGCGCGAGGAGAGAGGGUGGGUAGCUUUUCAUCAUCGACAUUCCAUGACCAUCCUUGCAUCAACCUGCAUGUUUCGUUUCUUGGGGGUUCCUUUAUUACAGCGUGAGGCGUUUAAGCUAUGGAUGAUGACGGUCUACUACUUAUGCCUACAAUGUUGACAUUAAGUUUUCAUGUAUUAUAAUUUUGUCCACUAGGUGGGUCUACUUAAGUUUCAUUAGUCCUUUCUAUUUAUUCCUCGAUCAGUUAAGCUGAAGACCACCACAUACAACUCCAACAAGCUCUCUCUCUCUCUCUCUUUUUUUUUUUUUUUUUUUUUUU